CUGCUCAGCGGCAGUCUCAGCGCUGGAUUCCGAGCGGGGGAGACGCGCAUCCCGAAGGCGCAGCGGAGGGGAGGCGAGAGAGGCAGCUAAAGAGAGCAGAGCGGGGGAAAAAUCAAAUCUAUGCUUGGAACUGGGCUUCUUUUUCGCCAAUGCAAAAGGGAAUAUGCAGCACAUUUUUGCCUUCUUCUGCACCGGUUUCCUAGGGGCGGUGUUAGGGGCCAAUUUCCCCAACAAUAUCCAGAUAGGGGGGUUAUUUCCUAAUCAACAGUCCCAGGAACAUGCGGCUUUUAGGUUUGCGUUGUCUCAGCUCACAGAACCGCCUAAGCUCCUUCCCCAGAUCGACAUUGUGAACAUCAGUGACAGCUUUGAAAUGACAUACACCUUCUGCUCACAGUUCUCCAAGGGCGUCUACGCCAUCUUCGGGUUUUAUGAGAGGAGAACCGUCAACAUGCUCACGUCUUUCUGCGGGGCCCUCCACGUCUGCUUCAUCACGCCGAGCUUCCCCGUCGAAACCUCCAACCAGUUCGUCCUGCAGCUGCGCCCCGAGCUCCAGGACGCCCUCAUCAGCGUCAUCGAGCACUACAGCUGGCAGAAGUUUGUGUACAUUUACGAUGCUGACCGGGGGCUGUCAGUCCUGCAGAAAGUGUUGGACACUGCAGCUGAGAAGAACUGGCAGGUGACAGCUGUCAACAUCCUGACAACAACUGAGGAGGGCUACAGAAUGCUCUUCCAGGAGCUGGAGAAGAAGAAGGAAAGGCUGGUGGUGGUGGACUGUGAAUCUGAGAGGCUGAACAUCAUCCUUAACAAGAUCAUCAAGCUUGAAAAAAAUGGGAAUGGGUACCACUAUAUUCUGGCAAAUAUGGGAUUCAUGGACAUUGACCUGACCAAGUUCAGGGAGAGUGGGGCCAAUGUCACUGGCUUCCAGCUGGUGAAUUACACAGACACUAUUCCUGCCAGGAUCAUGCAACAGUGGAGGAAUAAUGAUGCCAGAGAGCAUCCACGUGUGGACUGGAAGAGGCCAAAGUACACGUCGGCGCUCACGUACGACGGGGUGCGGGUGAUGGCCGAGGCGUUCCAGAACCUGCGGCGGCAGCGCAUCGACAUCUCCCGCCGUGGCAACGCCGGCGACUGCCUGGCCAACCCCGCCGUGCCCUGGGGACAAGGCAUCGACAUCCAGAGAGCCCUGCAGCAGGUCCAUUUUGAAGGAUUGUCUGGCAACGUUCAGUUUAACGAGAAAGGACGCAGGACCAACUACACCCUCCACGUGAUUGAGAUGAAGCACGACGGGAUCAGAAAGAUUGGUUAUUGGAAUGAAGAUGAGAAGCUGGUCCCAAUAGCUGUAGAUACUCAAAGUGGCAACGAGUCUACGAGCCUGCAGAACAGGACCUACAUUGUCACAACUAUCCUGGAGGACCCGUAUGUGAUGCUCAAGAAGAAUGCCAACCAGUUUGAGGGCAACGAGAGGUACGAGGGCUACUGCGUGGAGCUGGCCGCCGAGAUUGCCAAGCACGUGGGCUACCACUACCGGCUGGAGAUCGUGCGCGACGGCAAGUACGGAGCGCGGGACCCCGACACCAAAACCUGGAACGGCAUGGUGGGAGAACUCGUCUACGGGAGGGCAGAUGUGGCUGUGGCACCAUUGACCAUCACCCUGGUUCGAGAAGAAGUUAUAGACUUUUCCAAACCGUUCAUGAGUUUAGGUAUAUCAAUAAUGAUAAAAAAACCUCAGAAGUCCAAACCAGGAGUUUUUUCCUUUCUGGAUCCUUUGGCCUACGAGAUAUGGAUGUGCAUUGUUUUUGCCUACAUUGGAGUGAGCGUUGUCCUCUUCCUGGUGAGUCGCUUCAGCCCUUACGAGUGGCACACUGAGGAAUUCGAGGAGGGACGGGACCAGCCAGCCACUGACCAGACAAAUGAGUUUGGGAUAUUCAACAGCCUCUGGUUCUCCCUAGGAGCUUUCAUGCAGCAAGGAUGUGAUAUUUCUCCAAGGUCUCUCUCCGGCCGCAUAGUCGGUGGCGUCUGGUGGUUCUUCACCUUGAUCAUCAUAUCCUCCUACACAGCUAACCUGGCUGCCUUCCUCACCGUGGAGAGGAUGGUGUCUCCCAUCGAGAGUGCAGAGGACUUGGCCAAGCAGACAGAAAUCGCCUAUGGCACCCUGGAAGCUGGCUCCACUAAAGAAUUUUUUAGGCGAUCCAAAAUAGCAGUGUUUGAGAAGAUGUGGACAUACAUGAAGUCAGCCGAGCCCUCCGUUUUUGUGAGGACGACGGAAGAGGGGAUGAUCCGGGUGAGGAAGUCGAAAGGGAAGUAUGCAUACCUCUUGGAGUCCACAAUGAACGAGUACAUCGAGCAGAGGAAGCCCUGCGACACCAUGAAGGUGGGAGGUAACUUGGACUCCAAAGGCUAUGGUAUUGCAACGCCAAAGGGGUCUGCGCUCAGAGGUCCCGUAAACCUAGCGGUUUUGAAACUCAGUGAGCAAGGCGUCUUAGACAAGCUGAAAAGCAAAUGGUGGUACGAUAAAGGGGAAUGUGGAAGCAAGGACUCCGGAAGUAAGGACAAGACGAGCGCGCUGAGUCUCAGCAAUGUGGCGGGGGUUUUCUAUAUCCUCAUCGGUGGGCUCGGACUCGCCAUGCUGGUUGCCUUAAUCGAGUUUUGUUACAAGUCCAGAAGUGAAUCAAAGCGGAUGAAGGGUUUUUGUUUAAUCCCACAGCAAUCAAUCAACGAAGCCAUACAGACAUCAACCCUUCCCAGGCCGGCUGCAGCAGGAGGCAGUGGAGAAAAUGGACGUGUGGUCAGCCACGAUUUCCCCAAAUCCAUGCAGACGAUCCCAUGCAUGAGCCACAGCACUGGCAUGUCCCUGGGAGCUACGGGAUUAUAAUUGGCCUUUUGACCCAUUGCCUGGGUGAGAGCAGGGGCAGCCCAACUCCACCCCUCCAGAGCCAAAAAACAUACCCAACACCAACAAGACAAACGAUGAUGACAGAAGGGACAAUUGGAUGGAUCUUCUCAAGGAAAUCAAAUCAAUUUCCCUUUUUAUUUGCAAACAGAUCCACUGGCAGGAGAACAGAAACAGGUCUGUACUGCAAUAAGGAGAGUGUAAUGGGAUUUUACAGACUCGUGAACCAUCCCUGAUCAAAG